AUGGCUGCUGCUGAUGCUUUAUUCACUCAGUCUGAUCUAAAUGACUUUCGAUAUCUUACCGGUGCUGGUGGUCUUUCAUAUGGUGCAUCUAGCUACGGUUUUGAUGAUAUAAGCACAUUAGGAGUUGAUGACGGUCUUUGGUAUGGUGGAUCAGGCUAUGGUGCUGAUGAUUGGAGCACAGUAGGAGUUGGUGGUGGUUAUGGUUUAUCAUCAACAUUAGGUACUGGUUAUGGAGGUGAUGUUAUUUAUGCUGGAACUGGACUUGGCGGUGCUGGUUAUAAUUCAUCAUUGUACAAUUCAUCACUUGGUUAUGCUGGUAGUGGCUUAGCAACGUUCGGAGGUUAUCAACAUUAUGCAACUGAUGCUCAAGGUAUUUAUCAAGAUCCAAAUCCACAUAUUAUACGUCGUCCAGCACCAGGUGGUGGUGUAACUUAUACACAAAACGUUCGAGUUCGAUAUCUUCAACCACCACCUGUUCCAGCACCCGGUCCACUCAUCAUUAGAGAAGUACGACCACCUCAACCACCACCACCACCUCCACUUCGUGUUCGUCAACAAGCUCGACCUUUUCCUCUACGACCUCCACUUGUCUUACGUGAACGACCACCAGUUCCACCAGUUCCUAUUGCUUCACAAACUGUUAUUCGACGAUUGCCUGCUCUUCCUAUUCCACCUCGAUCAGUAAUUGUCGAACGUUUACCACCAUUUCCACCUAAACCUCGUAAUAUUAUCAUUGAACGAUGGAUUUCAUAUGGACCUCGAUCUAAACGAAAAACAAUUCUUCAACGUGCACCAGCAGCUCGACCAUAUCCAAGACCACGCAAUAUUAUCAUUCAAUAUGAAACUCCUCAAGUACGUGUUGUUCGACAAUUUCAAAAUCUUGGUGUUGUUCAAGCAGAUCCUCAAUUGUAUGUCCAACGCUAUGGAUUAUCGCUUUUGGAUAGUCAAUUCUUACUACAACAAGCACGUGAGGCUGGUGUUAUAGAAGAUAUUUCACCACCUAUUUUAGGUGGUGCAUUUUCUGCUGGCUCAUCUCAAGUUUUUUCGUCAAGUGGUAGUCUUGGUUAUGAUAUUACCAAUACUUUUGGAGGUUAUGGAGGUUAUGAAAGUUAUGGAGGUUAUGGAAGUUAUGGAGGUUUUGAUGCUGGAACAAUUGGAUUUAGUGGUAUUGGACCCUAUCAAUCGCCAUAUUACACAGAUAUUACUGAUAUUUCAACAGUUGGUGCUGACUUAGGAACGGCUGGUAUUUUUGGAACUAAUCUUGGUGAUACUAGUUCGUAUGAGUCAUCAUCAUUCAACGUAGUAAAUGAUGUAACACCCGGCAGUACAACACUUACCAAUAAAACAGUCGGCGGUACAACACUCGGUAAUACAACAGUUGGCGGUGCAACAUUAGGUGGCACAAAACUUGAUAGUACAACAUCUAUCGGUGCAACACUCGGUGGUGUAACAGUUGAAGGUGCAAGAUCCAGCAAUACAGCAGAAACGGCAAGUCUAUCAGGUGCUGCUUCUGAGGUCAAACGUGAUGCUGUUUCACCUCAAAGUGAAAGUCAAAGUUCGAGACUUUAA